UACUCCCGUGCCCUUAACGUGUGCGCCUCGCUUGUGUCAGGUUCAGACUGCCUUUCUCCAAGCAUGUUCUCCCUCCGAGGUGGUGGUCGCUGGAUUGCGGCUUCCCUCACCAAACAGCACCCGUUGGCCCGGUUCAGCAAUGACGGCGCUGCGCCCAGGACUCCGCACUUCGACGUGGUAGUCAUAGGCGGAGGACACGCGGGGACCGAGGCAGCCGCCGCUGCCGCUCGGUGCGGCUCCCGAACUCUGCUGCUCACGCACCGCGUGGACACGAUCGGUCAGAUGUCCUGUAAUCCUUCCUUUGGUGGCAUCGGAAAGGGGCAUUUAAUGAGGGAAGUUGAUGCUUUGGAUGGUCUGUGUUCCCGAAUCUGUGACCAGUCUGGUGUACAUUACAAAGUAUUAAACCGGUGUAAGGGACCAGCUGUUUGGGGUCUAAGAGCUCAAAUUGAUAGGAAACUCUAUAAACAGAACAUGCAGAAAGAAAUCCUAAAUACACCACUGCUUACUGUUCAGGAGGGAGCUGUAGAAGAUCUUAUUCUUACAGAACCAGAACCUGAGCACACUGGGAAAUGCUGUGUCAGUGGUGUUGUUUUGGAGGAUGGAAGCAAAGUCUAUGCGGACAGUGUGAUUCUGACUACUGGGACAUUUCUGAGAGGUGUGAUUGUAAUUGGAUUGGAGAUGCACCCAGCAGGGCGUUUAGGAGAUCAACCUUCCAUAGGGUUGGCUCAGACUCUAGAGAAGUUGGGAUUUGUGGUGGGAAGAUUGAAGACUGGGACUCCACCCCGAAUUGCCAAAGAAUCUAUUAAUUUCAGCAUUCUAAACAAGCAGACACCAGAUAAUCCACCCAUGCCAUUCAGCUUUAUUAAUGAAACAGUGUGGAUUAAGCCAGAAGAUCAGCUGUCAUGUUAUUUGACUCACACCAACCCUAGAGUGGAUGCGAUUGUCCUUGAGAACCUGCACCUUAACAGUCACAUUAAGGAAACUACAAGAGGACCCCGAUAUUGUCCUUCCAUUGAAUCAAAGGUUUUGCGUUUUCCAAACCGUCUACAUCAGAUUUGGUUGGAGCCUGAAGGAAUAGAUUCUGACCUCAUCUACCCCCAAGGGUUAUCUGUGACACUACCAGCUGAAUUACAAGAGAGAAUGAUCACAUGCAUCAGAGGCUUGGAGAAAGCUAGAAUGAUCCAGCCAGGCUAUGGUGUUCAGUAUGAUUACUUAGACCCUCGUCAGAUCACUCCUUCUCUCGAGACGCGUUUGGUGCAGCGGCUCUUCCUCGCUGGACAGAUAAAUGGCACUACUGGUUAUGAGGAGGCUGCAGCGCAAGGUGUGAUAGCUGGAAUUAAUGCAAGUCUUCGGGUCAGACGCAAGCCUCCUUUUGUUGUUAGCCGAACAGAAGGCUACAUAGGAGUUUUGAUUGAUGACCUUACCACGCUGGGCACCAAUGAACCAUACCGAAUGUUUACCAGCCGAGCGGAGUUCCGUUUGUCACUGCGCCCUGAUAACGCCGACAGCCGCCUCACAUUCAGAGGGUAUACGGAAGCUGGCUGUGUGUCCCAACGAAGAUAUGAAAGGGCUUCUUGGAUGAAAUCUUCUUUAGAAGAAUGCAUUUCUGUGCUAAAAUCCAUUGAAUUUCCAAGUUCUAAAUGGAAAAAGUUAAUACCAGAGGCUUCUAUAAGUGUGGGUAAAACUGUCUCUCUCAGAGCUCUAGAUGUUUUGAAGUAUGAGGAAGUUGACAUGGAUUUAUUGGCCAAGGCUGUUCCAGAACCCUUGAAGAAGUACACUCAAUGUAGAGAGCUAGCUGAAAGACUGAAAAUAGAAGCCACUUAUGAAUCAGUAUUGUUCUAUCAGCAACAAGAAAUCGAGAACAUUCAGCGAGAUGAAGCUCUCCAACUGCCAAAAGACCUGGAUUAUCUGACUCUCAGGGGUGUGUCUUUGUCCUCUGAAGUUCGAGAGAAGCUACAUUUCAGUCGCCCACAGACGAUUGGGGCUGCUAGUCGUAUACCUGGAGUGACGCCUGCUGCCAUCGUCAAUCUGCUUAGAUUUGUGAAGACCGCUCAGCACAGGCAGGCAGCUAUGAAUGAGCUGCCCAAAACUGAUCAAUGCUUAUGUGAUACAGACAGACUUGAAGAGAGACAGUUAUAGCUUUCUAUUCAUAAAAGACUAUUAAUCAGUAUAAGAGUGUAGAUAGGAGAUAAGUAUUUCUAUUUAGCACCUGUUAAAAUAUAACCAAUUAGUUAUUAUGGCUUUGUCAUUAAUUUAUGAGGAAGACAGAUAAUUAUCAUUGUGCAUCUUUGUAUAUCUGAAAAAAUAGUUAUAAAUUCUUAAUUUAUAUUCUUUCUCUCGGGUGCUCUAAUACAAUAAGCCUAUUAAUGUAACUUUGUGCAAAGUUCACUAAAGAGAGAUAUAGUGGACCUAAAACUAAAGCUGGAAAAAAAUCUUAGCCUGCAAAUUUGCCUACUCAUAAGGACUGUGUAAUUAAAUGCACCAAAUUAAGUCUUGUCUUUCAACUUGUUUUGAAAGUUAGCUGUCUUCUGCUUGGUUAUGCUAGGUUAGGAGGCAAUUUCAGAGCCUUCGAAUUCUUAGGACUAAAAAUAUGAAACUACAAAAUUAUACAGAACCAUUCAGCUGAUUUCCAUUAUUGGAAUAUAGUAUGGAGGGUGAAAGUUGACUUCUAAGCUUUCUGUACUUCUGCAGGAAAUCCUCACUAGUAAUUGUCUUUGAACAUGAAUGUUCGUUAAUUCCUAUAAAAUAAGAGCAUUGGAAGUCAUCAUAGUUUCCUGUCAUCCACAAAGUGGAAAACUUGGUAACCUGGUUAAAGCAGAAUAAAGUA